CAUUGGAGGACGUUACUCUGCUGUUUCAAACAGAGAGACAGAGAGAAAGAGAGGACUUCAGCUUCAGCAGACGUGCUAAAAAACUCAACAACACUUCAACUAUGUGAAUGGGACGGAAAUCAAAGAGAACAAAGCGUGCAGGGCCCAGCUGAGUCCUGUAUCCUCAGACUGAGUCAGAGAGAAAGGAGGUCAGUGUGAUGAACAGCAUGCUUCCUCAGAGGAGUGCUGUCGCCACACUGGGCUACAGCUCAGACUGUGUGAAGAUGGAGCGCGGCGGCGGUGGUGGCUCAGUGGGUGGGACGUUGCUGAGGGGCUCUCGCUCUAAGGCAGAGCUACAGGUGAUGGAGACACUGCAGCGCAGAAAGAGUGCUCUGGAGGCCAGCUUGACAGCCGAGUGCAGCCGCAAGUACCUCAGCGUGCCCACACCAGUUGGAUCCCAGCCACCAGGCCAGCUGUCCAUCCUCAGCAAUACAGAACGACCUCCGUCUGCCUCCAGAAACCUUUUUCCUACAUGACCAGCAGCAGCCGUGCCUCCAUCACCUCGCCAAGGUGAACGCCAGCUGAGCCCUAAUGGUUUGCUCCGUCACUCCCACUCUCGCCACCAGUCACAAGACAGUCUGCUCCUCUCUAACGUGGCAGAUGGAAGCUCCCUGCUCUCCUCCUAUGGGAAGCCCCUACCUCGUUCUCCCAGGGUCAAAAGUGGAGCAGCCAGCGUGCCGUCUAGCCCUCGCAUGGGCCGCAGGCUUACUCCCAGGGCCAAAGCUGGAGGAGACUCUAGGCAGAGGAAGUACUCCACUGGCUCCCUCAACAGCCUGGGGAUGCACAGUCGUUCUCUGCCACGGCUUCACAACGCAGACCCCCCUGCACUGUCGCUGCCAUUACGACACUCAGUGGGUUCCCACAGAGGAGGCUCAGCGGGGCAGCGGCGUAGUCUCUCUUCCCUGGAGCAGCCACCAGAUGUAACGGUACCAGCCAGCAUGCCCAGCACCCCCAGGAGGGCCAGCCUGGCCUCUCUGAGCUCUCUGGGAGUAGAGUUGGACGGGACAGGCUUAGAUCUGGGCUUCGGAGAGAGGAGGUUGUCCUUUGGGAAGGGUGGGCUGAGUCCAGGACAAAGGGUGGGCAGCAUCAGCUCUUUGAAUGAAGAGGAGCUGAGAGACUAUCACCUGCACCAGAGAGAUGAACGACUCAGGGAGCAGAAAGUUCAGAGAUUGGAGUGCCAGCGUCUAGAGACCAUCUUAAACCUGUGCACCGAGUUUGGCCAUGUGGAGAGAGAGCCGGCGGGCUCAUCGGUCUCUGACCUGCAGAAGAUCAAUAAGGAGUUGGAGAAGCUGCAGGUGUCAGACGAUGAGUCGGUGUUCUCCGACUCUCCCAGCAGCAACGCUCCAGAGGGCUGCUUAGGAGCCAAAGCCAGAGACUUCCAGCUCGCUGAGGAGCAGCAGGCCAGCCAGCGUCAGCAGAGCGGCUACAGAGAGGCCAGGUCCCACUCACCUGCUAUCAGCCUCAACAGCAGUGCCCCCUCGCCCUCCACCCACCACAGAGCCAAGGCCUUGGAGAGCAUGCAGCUGAAACAGGAAGUAACGCAUAUAGAGGAAGAGAGGAUUCAAGUGCUGAACAAUAUCGAGGAGCUGGAGCAGAAGAUCAAAGACCUGGACAACCAGAUGGAGGAGUCUGUCAGAGAGAUGGAGGUGGAGUGUGCUCUGCUUGAAGGGGAGCAUGAGUCGGAGAUGGCCCAGCUGCAGAGGGAAAAGGAGCUUCUGGAGCAACUUAAGAAAAAGAUUCAUGGUAUUGAGAAGACAAGCCACACUGAGAAAUCACAGGAGGCCAGGGAGCAGACAAAAAGUUUGGAGGAUUUGGAGUUUCAGAAGCUGGAGAGAGAAAUUAAUCAGGACGAGGAAAAAGAGAGUCAGAGCCAGGAGCUGCUGCGAGAGAUUGCAGAGUGUCAGCGUGUCGCAGUCACACGCAAGGAAAGACUCCUGACGCUGAAGAAACAGUCCUCACAGAUUACUUUACAGGCUCAGCAAGAAAGAGAGAAUUUCCAGAGGGAGAAAAACAAUUUGCUCGUCAUGCUUCAGAAGGAGAGAGAGAAACUGGCCUCUUUGGAAGGAAAGUAUGCAGAGUUGUCUGAGGGGCACAGCUUCACUAACAACCCUGGAGCUAUCAAAGAGCACUCUCUGAAGGAAAGGAGAAGAAGCGGCAAAGAAAACUCUUUCCACCCAAGCGACAGCCUACCUCAUAAGAGGAGCCAGCAGCUCCUCACCUCUUACGGCAGAUCCCUGGGACGCACGCUUCCCCCCAAGGCCCACUUGCCUCUGUCCCAGAGCUCCAGCUGUGGCAGCGUCAUCCCACAAGGCUUCAACUUCUCCCCUCGGGACCUGAGCACCCGACGCCUGCCCAAGAGCCAUGCACACAUGAAUGAAGACAGACAGAGGAGGAGUGAUUAUUGCAGCAGGAUGAUCUCUGAGCCUAGCGUGUUUCUGGACUCCUUCACCUACCCGGACAACAGCCAGGCCUCGGAUACCGUCAGCGUGGACAGCUCCGACAGCCUGGAGACCAGCUUCUCUGCCUGCUCCCCAGACAACAUCUCCAGCGCCAGCACAUCCAAUAUGGCGAAGAUUGAGGAAAUGGAGCGUUUACUGCGAGAGGCCCAGGCUGAGAAGCACAGGCUCCUCGAGCAUCGGGAGCGUGAGAUGGAGAUGCGCCGGCAUGCUCUGGAGGAGGAGCGAAGACGACGGGAGGAUCUGGAGAAACGGCUGCAGGAGGAGACGAGCAGGAGACAGAAACUUGUGGAGAGAGAGGUGAAGCUCAGGGAGAAACAAAGAUCACAGUCCCGGCUGUUGACUCGCUACCUCCCUGUAAGGAAAGAUGACUUUGACCUCCAUGGCCAUAUUGAAGCAGCUGGACACAACCCAGACGCCUGCUUCCAUCUGGCCAUCACCGAUAAAACCUGUCGAGGCUUCCUGGUCAAAAUGGGCGGCAAGAUCAAGACCUGGAAGAAACGCUGGUUUGUCUUCGAUCAGAAUCGCAGGACGCUCACCUACUAUGCAGACAAACAUGAGACCAAGAUGAAAGGAGUCAUUUACUUCCAAGCCAUAGAGGAGGUGUACUACGACCAUUUAAAGAAUGCACACAAAAGCCCAAACCCCUCGCUGACGUUCAGCGUGAAGACCCACGAUCGGGUGUACUACAUGGUGGCUCCAUCGCCUGAGGCCAUGCGUAUCUGGAUGGACGUCAUGGUUACGGGUGCCGAAGGACACAUGCAUUUCAUGGUGUAACUGGUCCCAACAGAUCAGGGUCCACACCGCGACAUUUCAUUGGUAAACAUUGUGGCACUCUGCACGUAUCAACGUAGCACUUCCGUUGAGUAGAGAUUGAUGUUCAUCAGGUCAACAAAAACUUCUGUUUACACUUGCUCAGAAGCACAUUUUAUAAUGUAAUCAUGUGUAGCAGACCAAAAGAAUUGAUAUACAGGUUUCAUAAUUAAGCUAUUUAGUUAUUUUUGCUGUUGUUCAUGUAGCGUGAGUCUCACUAAAUUUCGCACCAAUUUAGCAGUUACAUUUUCUAACUUUAUCUUUUCUUAAAAUCUCUGCUUGUCUCUUACUCUCUAUGUUUGGCUUUUUCUGAGUUAAAACUUGAUCAGGAAAGCUUCUAAAUGAUCAGAAACACAACAACUGUUACACUUGUAAACUGCGGUACAUACUGAUGCUGCUUGUCUAUAACAGAUGCAUAUCUGCCAUACAGCUUUCCAUAAUCAACGCUUUUAAUGUACGUAUCCGCCAUGUAGAUCCUCUUCUUCUUCUUCUGUUACUUUAUUGUCAUCUUCUUCUAUUACUUCGUCUUCUUCUUCUAUUACUUUUUCAUCUUCUUCUGUUACUUUUUCAUCUUCUACUGUUACUUUUUCGU